GCCAUACAGUUGUUCGUCGGAAACGAACAAAAGGUUUAUAUAUUAGACAAGGCAGAAGGGAAUGCUGCUCAAAUUAAUGGUCAUCCAGCAUGGGGCGCUGUAUGGGACAUGUCAUCACACCAAUCAACUGCUAUGGAUGUAAAGACAAAUGUCUUCUGUUCGUCGGGCAUGCAUCUUCCCAAUGGAUCCUUCGUUACGUUCGGUGGAAAUGGUGCUCUUAACCCAGGAGGUUACUCGGCUUCUUGGGACUCGGAAUACCAGGAUUUCGACGGGACAAAAUCAAUACGCGUGCUCAACCCAUGCAGAAACUCCGACGACUUCUCGUCUACAAACUGUCAAUGGUUCGACGAUGCCACAUUCCUUGCGAUGCAGCGCCAACGAUGGUACUCGGCCGCGGAGGCACUGGGCGACGGUAGCAUCAUUAUCAUUGGUGGUUUUACGAGUGGAGGCUACAUCAACCGCAAUUAUCCUAAUGUUGACCCUGCAACGGAAGGGGGUGCGGCUGAUCCCACCUAUGAGUUCUAUCCAGCUCGGUCUGGUGCUCUCCAAACUUUUCAGUUCUUGGUUGAAACGUCUGGGUUGAAUGCAUACGUUCAUACUUUCCUGAUGCCGUCGGGUAAGCUGUUCGUUCAGGCAAAUAUUUCAACUGUUCUAUGGGAUUACACAACCAACACGGAAACCACAUUCCCCAACGUGCCUCACAACGUUGUUCGCGUUUACCCAGCCUCAGGCGCCGUCGCCAUGUUGCCUCUUACCCCAGCGAACAAUUAUCUUCCUACGAUGCUUUUAUGUGGCGGAUCGGAUAUGCCAGACUAUUCGUGGGGAAACUACAGUUUCCCUUUCAUUGAUACAUGGAAUUACCCGGCAUCGAAAGACUGCCAACGGAUUACCCCGGAACCCACGGACGGAUCGACGCCUCAGUACGUCCAGGACGAUGAUAUGUUGGAUGGCCGUACUAUGGGCCAAUUUAUAAUUCUCCCUGAUGGAAAGCUACUCGUGGUCAACGGAGGUUUGAACGGGACGGCUGGUUACUCUCAAGCAACCCUUACAACGCCUACCUUUGCUCAAAUGCCGUUUGGGGAAUCACUAGCCUCAGGACCUGUGCUCACUCCAGCUAUUUAUGACCCUAACGCAGCACCAGGUAGUCGCUGGUCGAAAGCUGGUUUGUCAGCAUCGACCAUUCCCCGCCUCUAUCACUCAUCCGCGAUGCUGCUCCCUGAUGCAUCAGUUAUGAUUGCUGGCUCUAACCCCAACGUGGAUGUCAACUUGACAACUGUUUUCCCGACGACUUACAAAAUCGAGAUCUUCUACCCACCCUACUUUUCAGCAUCCACGCGACCAGUACCUACUGGAAUCCCCAAGACCAUUUCUUACGGUGGUAACUCCUUCGACAUCACUGUUCCGGCCAGCUCGUACUCUGGAUCUGCCAACGACGCCGCUGAUGCCACCACUGUCGUUCUCCACCGUGGCGGUUUCACAACGCACGCCAUGAACAUGGGCCAACGCUAUCUGCAGCUCAACAACACCUACACCGUGAACAAGGACGGAUCCCUUACCCUUCACGUUGCACAAGCCCCUCCCAACCCUAACCUCUUCCAGCCUGGACCCGCGUUCGUCUUUGUCACCAUCCACGGCAUCCCAAGCAAUGGCACCUACGUCAUCGUCGGGAGUGGACAGAUUGGUACGCAGCCUACGGCAGCUGCAAGUGUUCUCCCCGCCAACGUCGGCCUCUCUUCCGCCAGCGGCUCCGCAAAUCCGGCAUCAACGACUGGUGGAGCUGACGUCACGGCC